GCUGAGACUUGAAGCCGACUCCGACUUACCGACACACUGAACAUCAGCAAACUGCAUCUGCUGUUGGUGGAUUCUUCACACCGGAGGGGACGGAAUGAUCAGCGCAGUGCGGGGUAGCUCUCUGUCGCCUCUCGGUUGGAGCAACGACCCGCGCUGUGACCCCCCCUCCUUAUCAUGAUGUCGUGAUCGGAUCGAAUGACGUUUGAGCUUUCAGAGUGGCUAUUGUCUACAUAUAUAUUUUAUCUCUGUACAAUUCCUCCCUCUUACAGCGUAGCCAUAAACCGCUCAAGAGCUUGCCAGCCGUCUUCAACAGACUAUCUAAACCCCUUUCAUUGUAUCUCAUCCAAAGACAACAGCAGCAGCAGCAACAAUGGCAUCCAAGGAGCUCCCCGCACGUCUCAAGGAGGGACUCGAGAACACCAAAGUAGAGUACCGCCAGCUCGGAAAGUCCGGACUUCGCGUUUCGGUCCCGAUCUUUGGCUGCAUGAGCUUCGGCGAUUCCCGCACACUGGGCUGGGCCUUGAACGAAGACGAGGCUCUUCCCCUUCUAAAGGCCGCGUACGAUCGGGGGUUAAACACCUGGGACACCGCCAACGUCUACUCCAACGGCGCAUCCGAGGUGACGAUCGGAAAGGCCCUCAAGAAGUACAACAUCCCGCGCGAGAAGGUGGUCAUAUUGACCAAAUGUUUUUUCUCAGUCGGGGAGGAGCCCCAAGCUCGCCAUUUCCAGUAUCGUGCCGAGUUUGAGAGGUCGAAAGAUUACCAGAACCAAUGGGGUUUGUCCCGAGGUGCCAUCUUCAACCAGGUUGAGGCCUCCCUCAAGCGACUCGAUACCCCGUACAUCGACCUCCUUCAGAUCCAUCGAUUCGAUCCGACCACCCCCAUCGAGGAGACGAUGAAAGCGCUACACGACCUCGUCCAGACUGGAAAGGUGCGAUACAUUGGCGCAAGCAGUAUGUGGGGUACACAGUUUGCCCAGAUGCAGUUCGUGGCCGAGAGGAACGGCUGGACCAAAUUCGUGAGCAUGCAGAACCAGUACAACCUUCUUUACCGGGAGGAAGAGAGGGAGAUGAACCGCUUUUGCAACGACACGGGCGUCGGCCUGAUCCCAUGGGCUCCUCUGUGCCGCGGUCAUCUGGCCCGACCCCCGAAGGACUUCGGCACAACCUCCCGCAGCAAGGGCGAGAAGGAAAGCCAGCCCGGAAGCCACGGGACGGUCGAGCCGGACCUUACCAUCAUUAAGCGCGUGCAGGAGAUCGCGGAGAAACGCGACUGGCCCAUGUCCCACGUGGCUCUUGCAUGGAUCAACAAGCGCAUCACGAGCCCCAUCAUUGGCUUCAGCAGCGUCGAUCGAAUCGACCAGGCCAUUACCGCGGAUGGCAAGGUCCUGACUGACGAGGAGGAGAAGUAUCUGGAAGAGCUGUACCAGCCCAAGGCCAUCUCUGGACACACGUGAUGCUUCCGGGAGAUGCAACCGAGCAGGGAAUGGUCUGGAUAGAUGUACAGAGCCGAGCCAAAGUCAAUCGAGAGUUUUGCACGAGUCUUCAAGCCACUGUUCAUGACAUUGAAGC